UUGAUUUCUGAUGGUCCAGUGGUGUGAAGAAUUCGUUUUUCCAAGCGCCGAUAUAAAAACGGUUGAUUUGAUUUGAUUUUUGGUUGGACAUGUUCUCGUAACUGUUCGUAACCGCAAUUUUCUCGUGCGGAAAUAUUUUAUUUGCGGCCGACAAUCACGCGUGCGAAAAUGCAAGCCAUUCGUCAGUGUGUGAGAAAUGCAGCGUUGUACAGCAGAUUUGUUGUAAACAAAUCGGAUGUAUCAAAUGUGGCAAAGACGUUAAAUCUCAUACCAACAUGUAGCUUCCAUCUUUCGUCGAUAUGCGAAAAGCAUUAUCCAGAUUUCACAACUCCCACAAAGUUUCUCAAGUAUAAUGAAACCAUUUUUCCACCUCAAAAACCUGGCGAGGAAAGAAGGCCUGCCUACGUAUGUCAUAUGAAGGCCAACAUAAAGUAUAGCCCAAAAAAGAUGUGGUAUAUCGCGUAUUACAUACGAGGAAUGUCUGUGGACGAAGCUAUAAAAGCAGUGAGUUUUAUGAGAAGAAAAGGUGGUGAGAUUGUCAAAGAGGUUCUAUUAGAAGCUCAAAAACUGGCUGUAGAAGAACACAAUGUCGAGUUCAAGAGUAAUUUGUGGGUUGCUGAAUCAUUCGCCACGAAAGGUAUGGUAAUAAAAGGUCUGAGACGUCACGCUAGAGGUCGCGGAACGGUUCAUCGGUACAGGUAUUGUCAUUAUUUUGUACGUUUGGAGGAAGGACAACCACCCAAGAAUUAUCAUCUGAGAACUUCCAAGACCGGCGAGGAAUUAUUGAACAACUGGUUGCAGAAUAUGCACAUGCGCAAAGUAGUUAAUUCCUUGUAACAUGUAAAAAAAUUGAGAUAAGUAAAAUUACAUCGAACGUAUAUUUAUUUACAUUGAAGAAAACAAAUCACAUCUGUCCCCUGUCUCAACAGUUUUUAAUUUUGUUCUCUGAUUUGAAGUUUAACACAAACAUCUUGACACGUGUGUGAGAAA